CACCACAGCAAAAAUCGCCAUGAACAUAGAUAUAAGCAACAAUCCAGCGAAACACCUUAAAAUCGUCAAACGCCAAACACGAUCAUCCAAAAAGUUUUCAACGUAUGUAGGGGAAAACUCGGAGACGCUUCCCAUCGAUCUCAUCAUCGAGAUCCUCAAGAGAUUACCAGUAAAAACAAUUUCACUAUGUCGUUGUGUCUCAAAGAAAUGGGAUUCAUUACUUAGCAGUCCACAUUUCAACAAAUCGUUCCUGGCGAGGUCAUCCAGUCGGCCACAACUUUUGUUCACGUUUGAAUUCAAAGGCAAGUGGCACUUCUUCUCAUCCCCUCAGAAUCUUUUUGAUGAGGCAGCAAGUGUUGUAGCACCGGAUAAUCAUAUGAAUAUCUCUGGAGAUUGGUACAAGGAAGUUUGUCUAUCCGCCAACGGUUUUAUCUACCUUUACGAAAAGCAGAUCCUAAAGGGAAAGAUGGAAAGGGUUCCUGUGCUGUGUAACCCUAGCACAGGUCAGAAAACACAUCUACCUAAAGUGAGAGCGAAGAAUAACGAUUUAAGAAGCUUUCUCGGGUAUGAUCCUAUCGAGAAGCAAUUCAAGGUUUUGUGCAUGACUGUAACAAGGUAUGGAAAUCAAUUUAACUCAAGAGAGCUUCAUGUCCUGACAUUAGGGAAAGGAAACCUAACGUGGAGAAAGAUAGAAUGUGAGUUUCCAUAUGUUCAUCAGAAGCACAAAAAGGGUAUAUGCAUCAAUGGAAUACUGUAUUUCGCAGCUCAGAAGAACACUACUAAUGUGAUAGCAUGCUUUGAUGUUAAGUCUGAAAAGUUUAGGUUUAUACAAAUAGAUUAUAACUUUUUAUCGAUAAUAAAAUACAAGGGAAAAUUAGGUGUCUUAAUCUUUGAUUCUGUGAACGGUAAUCUGUUAUGGGUUCUAGAUGAUACCGAGAAAGGAAAAUGGUCAAAGCAUAGCCUUUUUUUCCCAGAUAGGAUUUUCUGGAAUUUAAAAUCAGUCUGGGGAACUGAUACGGGCGAAAUAGUUUGGGCUCAAUGGCCUUGGAAACAACCAUUCUAUGUUUUCUACUACAAUGUGGAGAGAAAGAGUGUUAGAAGAGUUGAGAUCCAAGGAAUUGAAGAAAAUGUCUUUAUGCAUCCAGCUGAACGCCCUGCUGAAGUCUUCACCUUCCCAAACCAUGUUGAGAAUUUGAUGUUUCGGCAAUAAAUCCGUGGCUGAUCGCCGGAUCUUUGCUCUUUUUUUUAUUAUAUAUAUUUGCUGAACUCUAAGACCUAGACCAUUUCU